UUUAAAUCAAUCAUUUGAUGAUUCAUUAAAAUUUUAUGGAAUGACAAAAGAUCCUGAAACUAAAGAAUUUAUGAUGAUUUUAGAAUUUGCAGAAAAAGGAAAUUUGAGAUGUUUUCUCUCAAGUAAUUUCAACAAUAUUUUAUGGAAAGAUAAAAUUUUCAAUUUACACGGGUUAGCAUAUGACCUCAAGAAUUUACAUAAAUUAGGAUAUUUUCAUAGAGAUUUUCAUAGUGGAAAUAUAUUACAAAAUAUUAGUGGAGGAGCUUUUGUUUCAGAUUUUGGAUUAUCUAGACCAUCCAAUGAACAAAUAUCAAAUAAAGUAUGCGGAGUAUUGCCAUAUAUUGCUCCAGAAGUUUUGAAUGGAGAACCAUACACACUAUCCUCUGAUAUCUAUAGUUUUGGUGUAAUUAUGGGUGAAUUAUCAUCUGGUAAACCACCAUUUUAUAAAAAAAAACAUGAUACUACCUUAGCAUUAGCAAUAUGUAAUGGACUCAGACCAGAAUUUGGAAAAGGAACUCCUGAAUUUUAUAAAAAACUAGCUCAUAAAUGUAUGAAUGCUAAUCCUCAUCAAAGACCAACGGCAAUUGAAUUAUAUGAAAUAAUUGAUUUUUGGGAUAAGUGUAUCAAAAGUAUAAAUUAUCAAGAAAAAGAAAAUUUUGGUUAUAAAGGAAAAGAGAUUAAAUUUAUGUUUAAAGAAGCUGAUAAAGAAAUACAAAAUAUUUCAACUUCAUAUGAGAUAAACCCUGAUGCUAUAUAUACUAGUAGAGUAUUUACAUUUAGAAACUUGUCAAACCCUAUUAAUUCACCUAUUAUUACUUCUUUAUACUUAAAUGAUGAAGAAAAUAACAAAGAUUGUAAAGAUUCUCAAUUAUUUAACUUGGAAGUUUCUAGCUCGCAUGAAAAUGAUACUGAUUGAUGAUUGAUUUUUAAGCUAUAGCAAAUUGCGAUUUAAGGACGAUGAGAAAUGUAGUAUUGUAGUAUCGUUUUUUAAAUAUCUCAUUGAUUAGAGAUUUUGUUUGUUCUUUUCAUCUACCUAUAACUUCCUUUUUAUUUGAGACAACAUGC